AUGGCUUCCGCAGGGAAGCCUACCCUGGAUGACUCCCGCCGGGCGACGGGAUCACCUAAAAUGAAGGCACGAGAAAAUGCGAAAGAUACCCUAUGUCGAAAUGUGACCAUAUACGGUCGUUGCCGAUAUGAAGAUAAAGGAUGCGCCUUCAAUCAUGACCCGCAUAAAGUGAAUACAACAUAUCAAUCCGACAGUAGAAGACGGCUGAACGUCGACUCCCCGAGCUUUACACCCUCUCUACUAUCCUCCAACGGCUCUUCGCCAACUACAGCAUCAGUUACAGCGAAGAAAGCUGCAACAAUAUCCCCCAAAGCUGCUAAUGCAGCUCCCUUCCAACCAAGGAAUAUAACUUCACGAUCUAAUACCAGCACCCCGUCGGGUCGUGCUGAAACAAUGACGCCGGACUGGUCUGUGGCUGAAGUACAGGAAUUUGUGCCUCAGGGCUUCGAUACUACCCACUUGGCCUCUCUUCAAGGGAAUAGUAACGGUGGCGUUCCUUCGACGAGCCCGUUUGAUCCUUUUGUGACAGCCUCGAACCCCCUUUCCGCAGCUAGUGCGGUCGGUCCAGUCCAGGCAAACCCUUUUGCACAUGAUACUGCGGCGGCAGCUGCAGCACUGGGCGGCGCCUUUUUCGCCGGACAGUCUGGCUUCCAACAACCGGUCCAGUACCAUUUGUACGCUCCUAUUGGCCCUCAUAGCCAAAACACUCUAGGCUACCAACGGAAUGUUCAUGAUCUUUUCCUUCCCAAUGACUUCCGCGAGGAACUGCAGAAGAAAGCCGCAGCUACACUACAAACCUUGCCGAAUACCCAACUACCCGCUCAAGUCGAUUACUUCCAUUCCCUUGUCCCAUUGGAUCUAAAUCACCAAAAGAACGCAACCAUCUUUGGCUUUCCCAGUUGGGUAUACAAAGCGCAGUCCAGCAAAGAUGGCAAUUUCUAUGCUCUUCGAAGACUCGAAGGUUUUCGCUUGACAAAUGAGAAAGCGAUCCGAUCGGUUCAGGCGUGGAAACGAGUUUGUAAUGGAAGCGUGGUAACAGUCCACGAUGCAUUUACCAGCAGGAGCUUCCAAGACAGCUCGCUGAUCUUUGUCACUGAUUACCACCCUCUCUCCAAAACACUUGCGGAACAACAUCUGGGUGCUGGGAAUAGGUUUCAAGGUCGGCAUAAUACGCAUAUUCCGGAGCAGGUCCUGUGGGGCUAUAUGACCCAAAUCGCAAACGGCCUCAAGUCCAUCCACAGCAACGGGCUUGCCGCAAGGAUUCUUGAUCCUAGUAAAGUCCUCGUCACCGGCAAAAAUCGUAUUCGCCUGAACGCCUGUGCCAUCAUGGACGUGGUCCAGUAUGACACCCAGCGGUCUAUCGCGGACCUCCAGCGUCAAGACUUAGUUAACUUCGGACAACUCAUUAUGACUUUGGGCGCCAAUACGCCCAGUGUCAUGCAUAACCCGACCAAAGCUAUGGAGCAUUUCACACGUGCUUACAGUCCACAACUCAAAAAUUCGGUGUUCUGGUUGCUCAAUGGACUGCAAAAGGACCAAGACCGAAAUAUUGACAUUUUCAUAACUGGCAUUUCUUCACAAUUAAUGUCGACAUUCGAUUCAGCCCUUCACAUGGACGAUGAACUGACGUCAGACUUGAGCCGGGAACUUGAGAAUGGCCGUUUGGUCCGACUAGUGACCAAAUUGAAUUUCGUCAACGAGCGGCCGGAGUAUGAGCACGACCGGCAGUGGUCCGAGAAUGGGGAGCGAUACUUCCUCAAGAUGUUCCGCGACUACGUUUUCCACCAAGUUGAUGCUCAGGGUGAUCCGGUCGUUGACCUUGGUCAUGUGCUUUCAUGUCUGAAUAAGUUAGAUGCGGGCACCGAUGAGAAAAUCACUCUGGUGAGUCGCGAUGAACAAAGCUGCUUUGUUGUUAGCUACAAAGACAUCAAGAAAGCACUAGAGUCGUCAUUUCAGGCGCUCCUGAAGCCGACCAGAAGGCUUCAUUAA